AUGCCAACCAUUCAACCACCAACAAUAACAAGUCCGGCUGUAAGCCAAACAAGUCAAGCAAGCGGGUUAAGCAGUUCAGUUACUUUAGACGAUAUAAUUGCUUCAGCACGGCGUAAAAUUAGUGAUGAAUAUAAAGAAAUUAGACUACCUUCACCUGAGUUUGUUGAAGACGAUAAUACACUUUGGGAUAAGAAAGCAGCAAAAAAGCAGUUACUCUUCCAGGGAAGUUCUUUGGAUAUUCCAACUAUGGAGAAUAGCGGAAUGGAAAUAUUGAAUAGAAAUCACUAUGAUGAUCAGGAUUCUGAAGUAAAUAAACAAAAAUUUAAAAAAUAA